AUGGAUUUUCUUCCAGUAUUUCAAUCACAGGUAUUAUUUCGAGGAAAAGAUGUAAUCAAUCAUGCAGCUAUAGUAGGUGUUGAUGUACGCCAAUGCUCUUGUAAAGAACAACAGUCUUGUACAAAAGAAAUGAAAGAACAAGCUGCAGAUUGUUUUCAGCCGUGUUGGUCUGGCAUACGUGAGGUAAAUUUAUGUGUUGAAUCUGAUUCUGGUCCACGAAUUCAAAAAACUAAUAUAAGCGAGGUGUUUCGCUUGAGCGAAAGAGCAAUCGCUCAUAAAACCGAUUCUCUGUCAAGUAUUAUACCAAACUCGAUUCGAAAAAUCGUUGAAACAGCGUCGAACUUCGGAAUUUGCUUAAAGACCUGUUUCUUGAAGAAAAACGAGAAUGGCUUUUGCUUUGAUCGAAAUGAAUGCCAACCAUUGAUACUAGAAAUGAAAGCAAAAAGGACGUUAAGACGAUGUACUCGUUCAAUAAAUUGGAAAAAAGAAGCUGGUGAGCUUUGUCAAUGUUCAGUCGAUGCAGGUUUAUCGUAA